AGAGAGAGAGAGAGAGAGAGAGAGAGAACCAAGACUGAAGAGAGAGAGAGAGAGACGAGGUACUGAAGUUUAUUAUUUGCUCGUGAAUUUCUUGAUUUGGGUUUUCGAUAAUUCUUUUAAUAAUUCUGUCUUUCCAUAGAGAUUUGCGUCUCUGUUUCAUUUCUGCAGAACUAUCUCUCUCUCUCUCUGGGGUCUAUAUCACUCUUCUGCAACAAAUCGAUAAUUCCUAUAAACUGAUCUUUGUCACGUUGUAGAAAGCUAAACCGUAGCCAUAGAUUUCUAAUCCUAAAUCCUCUCUCAACACUCUCCUGCACUCGAGGGGUUUUAGUAGACACUUGCUAUAACACACAUACAUAUAUAUCGCCUGUAUCUCUUACGGCUUUUCUCUCUCUUAGGGUUUUGAGAAUCUGAUUUGCGGAGAGAAGAUUUAUGUCAACUGGGUCUGAUUUGGCUUUGAUUGGAGCUCUGUUGAAGGUCUUGAUCUCGUACGCGUCUGUUUUCUUCGCCCUCUGCAUGCGACAACCCUGCUCUCUUCACCUGUUUUCCUCAGCCUUUUCGAUGCCUUUGAGGCCCAAGAGGACUUGUACUGGAGUAAAGUGUUUUCCCGGUUUUCACAUAAAGCGAUUUGUCCAUCUAUUCUUGUUCUUGAGAGGGCCUCAUACUUGAUAUACAACUCUGGUUUUGCGUAGCUAUUGCCUUUAACCCUUCCUCUCAUAUCCUUCUGCCUUUUUCUUUUCAUUUCUUCCGAACAAGAUUUUAUUACGGGUAUUUUGAGGGGUUUUGGACAGACUUCAGCGAAAAUGCCAGACCCACCAUCGAAUCAAGCAACUGUGUGUCCGAAAUCCAGAACCAAAGCGUUUUCUUCUCAAGAAAGCACCAGAAAAAUGAAGAGAAUUCGUGUGAUUUGCAACGAUCCUUAUGCUACAGACUCUUCCGACGAUGAGGGAAGCAAUGAGAAGCCAUAUGGUCCGAAACGCAUGGUUCAGGAGAUUAGCAUUCCUCUUUGGGGUUUCAAGCAGCUGAAAAAUGCUGAAUCAGAGAACUCAUGUCAAGACAGCAACAAUGGUGAGAGAACCCCAAAGAAGAAGAGGGUUUUGACGAAAACACCUAAUCAGAAUACUUGUGGCUCAAAAUACAGGGGAGUUCGGCAACGGAGGUGGGGAAAAUGGGCUGCUGAGAUUCGGGACCCAUUCCAGAGGAGGAGGGUCUGGCUGGGUACUUACGAUAGUGCUGAAGAAGCCGCUAGGGCUUAUGAUACGAAGAAGCUGGAAUUCGAAUCCAAGGCUGCUGCUGCUGCUGUUUCUGAGAAGAGUGAAUUCAAUCCCUCUUCAAUCGCAGCUGUUUCUGAGGAAUCUGUGAACACGUCUCUCACAUCGCCUUCAUCUGUUCUCGAAUUGGAUUCAGCUUCUCAAUUUGAUGGAAAAUGCAAUGAAACAGUGAUAAAUGGUGGUGUUGUAACCAGUCCUGUGGUGGUUGGCUUUGAGAACGAGUUCGGUGAUGAAGUGCUUGAUUCUCUGGUUGUGGACAAGACAUUGGUGCCACAAACUGAGACUAAAGAAGAUGAGCAGAGAAUGCCUAAUGCAGUUGACAUGGAUGAGCUACUGGUUUCUCAAAUUGGGGAAGGUCUUGAUUUGGGAAUGGAUCUCGAGUCUUUCUUCCUCGACGAUUUCACUCCUCUUUUUGACGACUUUGGAAACCUUGAAGAUCUUCAAAUGUGCGGGUUCGAGGAUAAUGCACCCACUGAUCUUCCGGAUUUUGAUUUUGAGCUUGGCAAUGAAGAGCUUGCCUGGAUUGGUGAACCCCUCAAUAUACCAUGCCUAUAAGUUUUGCAGCUAGUAGGAAUUAGUAUUAGUAUAUUUAUAUUUCUAUCUAAAAGUAUUUGAGCAGUGUUCAUCUCUCGAGAAAAUGUUCUUGAGAAGGUGGUUUUGUUGAGUGAGGAUCUUUUAGUAUUUGUUUGUUUGGGAAGAGAGAUGUGCUAGAGAAGUGAACACAAUUUUUGAUUUGUAUGGAGAGGAAUAGGUCCUUUGGGUUUUCUUGUGCUAUUUAGAGCCGUCCCAAAGGUCUGGUUUCUUCUCCUUGGAAGAGAGGCAGAGUUGUUGCUUGAGCGUUUGGAGAGCUUUUGUUCAUUUCCUGGUCAUCUCUCUCUUUAUUUAUGAAGGUAUUGUUAUUUCAGUAA